CCAGCCGGACUCAGGCGCCCCGCCCUCGACCACGCCCCUUUCCAGCCCGCCCCGCCCCUCGCUCUCUGCCGGGCCCCGCCCCCUGAGUAGCCCCCCGCCCUCGCAGCCGGGCCCCGCCCCCUCCCCCAGGCCCUCGCCAGCAGUCCGGGGAAGGGACGGCGGGACAAGCGGGACAAGCGGGAGGGCAGACGGGGCGGGGAUAUGGCCGCGGCUCCCGGAGGGUCUGCGCCGCCCUCCGGCCCCGGCCCGCGCCUGGCUUUCAGCACCGCGGACAGCGGCAUCGGCAUGAGCGGGCUGAACCCUGGUCCCGCGGUGCCCAUGAAGGACCACGACGCCAUCAAGCUCUUCGUGGGGCAGAUUCCGCGGGGCUUGGACGAGCAGGACCUCAAGCCGCUGUUCGAGGAGUUCGGCCACAUCUACGAGCUGACCGUGCUGAAGGACCGGCUCACCGGCCUCCACAAAGGCUGUGCCUUCCUCACCUACUGCGCACGGGACUCUGCUCUCAAGGCCCAGAGUGCACUGCACGAGCAGAAGACCCUGCCAGGGAUGAGUCGUCCGAUCCAAGUGAAGCCGGCUGCCAGUGAGGGCCGAGGAGAGGACCGGAAGCUGUUUGUAGGGAUGUUGGGCAAGCAGCAGGGUGAGGAGGAUGUCAGACGUCUGUUCCAGCCCUUCGGCCAUAUCGAGGAGUGCACUGUCCUGCGGAGUCCUGAUGGUACCAGUAAAGGCUGUGCCUUUGUGAAAUUCGGGAGUCAAGGGGAAGCUCAAGCUGCCAUCCAGGGACUGCACGGUAGCCGGACAAUGACGGGCGCCUCAUCCAGCCUGGUGGUGAAGCUGGCAGACACCGACCGGGAGCGCGCGCUGCGGAGGAUGCAGCAAAUGGCUGGCCAGCUGGGCGCCUUCCAUCCAGCGCCACUGCCUCUCGGGGCCUGUGGCGCCUACACCACUGCGAUCUUGCAACACCAGGCAGCAUUACUGGCGGCGGCGCAGGGUCCUGGGUUAGGCCAGGUGGCCGCGGUGGCCGCCCAGAUGCAGCACGUGGCGGCCUUCAGCCUGGUGGCUGCACCGCUAUUGCCUACAGCAGCCAACGCAUCACCUGGUGGAGGUGGUCCUGGUGCACUCCCCGGCCUUCCAGCGCCCAUGGGGGUCAAUGGAUUCGGCUCCUUGACCCCCCAGACCAAUGGACAGCCAGGCUCCGAUUCGAUCUAUAACAACGGGCUUUCCCCUUACCCAGCAGCCUAUCCCUCGGCCUAUGCCCCAGUGAGCACAGCUUUUCCCCAGCAGCCUUCAGCUCUGCCUCAGCAACAAAGAGAAGGCCCCGAAGGCUGUAACCUCUUCAUCUAUCACCUGCCUCAGGAGUUUGGGGAUGCAGAACUCAUACAGACAUUCCUGCCCUUUGGAGCCGUUGUCUCUGCCAAAGUGUUUGUGGAUCGUGCCACCAACCAGAGCAAGUGUUUUGGGUUUGUUAGUUUUGACAAUCCAACCAGUGCCCAGACUGCCAUCCAGGCCAUGAAUGGCUUUCAAAUCGGCAUGAAGAGGCUCAAGGUCCAGCUAAAGAGACCUAAGGAUGCCAACAGGCCUUACUGAUCUGCAUUCACUGGUCAGUCACAGACAGAAACUGAAGAGUGAGAAGAAAGGAAAAAGAAAAGCACAGAAAUGCUGGAGUGGCCCUACCGGAAGGAGUGGCAGCAAACGGAGGUGGACCAGACCCAGGGCUGGCGCCUGGGGCUCAGGCCACUCAUCGUGUGGGUUGUUCCACGGAGUGAUCAAGCUGGCAGGGCAACCAGUGCUGGCUGAGGAUCGACUGAUCUAAGGGAACCAGCAGAGGGCCUUGGGGGUGCCAAGGGCUUCUCAGCAAGGGAAGCCCAAACUUACUUUGUUCAGAAUCAUAUCAUUCCUUAGUGUUUAGGGACCAAAGGACUAUUGCUUUUUUAAAGAAUAUCUAAAUAUAUAUAUAUAUAUCUAUAAAUUAAAACAAAGAGAAAACAGAAGAGAGACAAAAAGACAGUAUAGAGUCUCAUAAAAGCUGCCUUUAACUAUCCCUAGGAGACAGGGUGAAGGAGACCCUUAAUAGCCAGCCCCAGCCUAGGCAGAGGCGGCUGUGGAAGACUGUCCUGUGUCUCAUUCCUUCUGAAGCUACUCCCUUCCCUGCCCUUAAACAGAAAUGACAAAGGAUGUGAAGCCUAGGCUCAUAGUCCAGCAACAAGAUGGUUAUGGAAGCAGCGAAUCCACAGUCCCAAAACUCAGAUAGUAUCCCUGAGGAGGCCUCAGGAGGAUUCAGGCCUGCGCUGCUCUUUGCUAUGCUAUGAGGGCCCCGGCCAUCAGAAGUGGGAAUCUGCCUUUCCUUCACGAUGCCCUUUCCUGGGGAGUCAGAGCUUCCCCAGGCAGGAAGAAAGAGGGAGCCUUUUCCUUCCCAGUCCAGGUAGACCAAGGCCACACCUUUGGCUAAGCUGAGACACCUCCCGUUCCCCUCCCCUUGUGACUGCCCCAGUGUCCCCUUGCUUCAGGCCACCUUCUGUCUCUUAGUCUGUUUGUCCACCUGUGAAGUAGACUUGAGUCACACGCCGAGGGCUGUGACACAGACACGGAAGGCUUGCUGCUGUAAAUACUGCCGUGGAGGAGGGGAUACUUUAUCUAUGUAGAAGCUUCAGAAUUAGAGGUCCCUCUUUACCCAGGACCCGGGAGGGAAGUAGAUGUUUUGCCAAAAUACUAAUUCAUUCCUUUAAAAAGUCCAUCUUUCCUAUGCAA